ACUUAGCAACAGGCAGACCCUAGUAACGGCGGGAUUGUGUCCGUAGGCGCAUAACCAAGACAAUUGAGCUAAUCGGUUGUAAUGUAUUUGAUAGAAUGUGAUGCAUAUUCGUAAACCAUAUACCCCGAUUCGUUGUUAUGGAACAGAGUUAGAUAAUAUAUUUAAACAAAGAUGUCUUAUUUGGAGUCCUCUCAGGCUCCUGUUGAGGAGGAAGCUUUCUACUUGCAGUGUAGAGCUGCCUACGUAAGUGUGUUCAGAUCUAGUCUGACAAAUAUCUCCUCAAAACAAGAGUUAUGUCGAGUUCUCCAGUUGGCCGGCAGAAAUCCGUCCCAAGCCACUCUGGAUAAAUACUGGACCCCAGAAACGACUGAUAUGAACUUCGACGAUUACUGUGAGAUUCUGAAAUGUGAGCGGAAGGCUGAGAAGAACGAGCUGAUGCGAGUUUUCAAAAAGCUGGAUACCAAUGGUGACGGAUACAUCUCACACAGCAAAGUGGAAAAGCUCCUUACUACUGGAGGCGAUCCAAUGACACCGGAAGAGGUCAAGGCCAUUUUCUCAUUAAGUGACAUCAACAAGGAUGGCAAAUUUCACUAUAAAGAAUUCUGCAGACAGCUCGUGUCAACAGUGGAGAUGUGUCAGAUGGCCUCUUUGGAGAAACUCCAGGCUGAUGCCAAGCUUAAAAGGCAAAACUUUGGCAGCCAUUUAGGCAGUCCUCCACCUCCCUCCAUGUCAGCAGAAUCAGCAGCCGCUCCGCAGGCUGCAGAAGCAACAUGGUCAGAUCCAGACACCACACUUAGGAAAGACAGCCAACAAUCCUCCCGUCCUUCUUCCGCACGCAGUAGACGCUCAUCUGUGUCAAACUCAGUGUCUGCCACAUCUGUCAACAGCAAGCAGUGGCAUCACAGUUGCAUGAAGGGUUGUUUCUUACUGGAGGCGGAUGGGACCAUAAGUUCACUGCAGUACCAGCUGCACCUGCCUCAAACAGCCAACGUUAACCUAAGCAUCCAGCCUAUCGGCCUCAACCACAGACCAGACAAGCCUUCCUCCUGGAUGAAUGUGGACACAGCUCUUUUUGUGAUGUCAGUUGGCAAUACAGAGGAGAAUUCGACCCUGAUGUGUUUCACUAAUACAAAAGACAAAGAAAAGUACAUUUGGAGAGGAGAACUAAAAGCUGGGAUGUACUACCUGCUGCCUUUCUCUACUGGCUGCAAAUUAAAGAAAAGGAGCAAAAAGAAAGUUUUGAAUAAAACCAUAGAACUUGUUUACAAGACUGACACUGGAGAAGUGGAUCUCACCAAGGAGUUCCGGGAUGUGCUAUCUGAAAUCUUUGACAUGAUAGACUUGGAUGGCAAUGGUUUGCUCAGUCUGGAGGAAUACAAUUUUUUGGAGCUGAUGAUCAGUGGAGAAGAGUGUAAGAUGGGGACGUGGGCCAUCUGCAAAGAGAAUUUUGACAUGAGAAAGAACCAGCUGACACGGCAGGGUUUCAUGGAGCUGAAUCUGAUGGAGGCAACAGAAAAAGACGGAGAUUCCGAUGACCUAUGGACCCUUGUGGAAACCAUGGGCUACAACCGUAUGCUGGACCUAGUCGAGGCUUGCCCGUUUCAGAUUGAAGUGCAAUGUGAGGGCACACAGCCAUCAGUUCAGCCGCUCAAACUGGACUCUGGGCCCAAGCUUCUGAACCAGGCUCUUCAGAGGUCCAUCACUCUCGUGGGAGCAGCCAAGCCACUGAAGGGACAAGACAACGUGCUCAUCUACACCUACAAUGGAGAACACAGGGUCUCCUCCCUCAUAGCCAACAAGUCCAAUCAAAAAGUUACAAUUCAUGUCAGCAACAAGCAGAACAGCAACUGCUGCAGCAGUAGAGGCCUGAGUGUGUUUGCCAUUGAAGUACCAGCCCGAACUAAAAUGGUGUGCCAACAUGUCCUGCCCAUCAGUGAGAAACAGGAUUGGACUUACAACUGUGUGGAGACUUUACUGCCCCCUAGAUAGGGCUGCAUAUGAUAUGCGACAUUUUUAUGCUUAAAAUGAAUAGGCUACAACCAAUUGAGGGGCUUACUGGGAGUCGAAAAAGGGUGAGCUUUACUUUGAGUCUGUCUGAAUCCAUGUUAUCUCUGUAGGUCACUAUCUACUGGUCACCACUCCAGUCAGGUAAUGUACUGUGGUGUUGGCUUUGGGGAUACUGCACUGGCAAUGAAGUACAUGCUUCUGCAUCGCACUCUGGUCUAAACUUUACUUGCCCUUUCCAGCAGUGGAGUCUUGAUCUUCUAUUUAUAUCUCACGGACCAUUUUUUGCCCUUUGACUUUCUCCACUGAAACAGUAGAGCCAGCUAACUAAAUGCCAUUUGGCAUAUAUGAGAUGUAUUUUAUGUCACUGUCUGCUUUUCUUUUCCCAACACAGGUUUAAUAACACCAUGACUCUUAAGUACUUUAUUAUGUACAGUAAGCCUGUGCUUUUUAAAAAUUAAGAAACAAAAUUGUAAAAAUGUACAAAUCAGGAAGAAGGCUUGAUUUCCCAGUCCCUGGUUAUGUAUUGCUUAUGUUUAGUCAUAUAAGAUGAGUGGUGAAAAACUGUAGUUCAUUUUACAUAUCACAACAAGUGAUAAGACAAGACUCAACUUUGCUCUGUUGGUCCUGAAUAAAUACACGGUGAUGCAACAAGCAAACGGUAAUGGCCUGAGGACUAUUUCACUCACUCACAGGUACUCAACAAUGUUUCUACUUUUUUUUUUUUUUUUUACGAUUAAGCAAUGCAUUUGUAAACAUUUGAGAUAGACCUAACAACGUAGUAGUGCAGUUUCCUUCAACAUAACAUAAUGUACAUGCUGUUUCCAAGUCAAAACGCUAAGA